AUGACGACGAAACACACAUUAACCCUCUCUGAAAAGAUACAGUUGAUUCGUGAAAAUGAAGAGAAGGUUUCGUACCGUACAUUUUCUGACAGAUAUAAGAUUUCAAUUGGCAGUGUAUCUAACAUUAUCAAGCGCAAGGUCGAGUAUAUUGAAAGUUAUGAACAAAAUGAAAGUUCAACUAAGAAGCGCAAUCUACGAGAUGAAUUCAGUCACCAGCACGAUCAACAAGUGUAUGAGUGGUUCGUGAUACAACGCAGCAAGAACAUUCCCGUAUCAGGUCCUCUUCUACAAGAACGAGCCCGGCAGAUUCGUCAACAACUGGGUGGAACGGCUGCUAGCGACUUCAAAGCUAGCAAUGGUUGGUUGGAGAAGUUUCGAAUACGUCACAGCAUCCAACAUCGAGUUAUAUGCGGAGAAUCAGCAGCAGUGGAUCCUAAAACUGUUGACGAGUGGAAAAAGCGACUUCCAUCGAUAAUCGAGCAAUACGAUCCCAACGACGUCUACAAUGCCGAUGAAACCGGCUUAUUCUUUAAAGCUCUACCAGAUCGUUCACUCGUUAUGGCCAAGGAGGCUUGCAAGGAUGGCAAACUAUCGAAAGAACGUUUCACUGUUCUCCUUUGCACAAACAUGACAGGCACAGACAAAUUAAAACCGCUUCUUAUCGGCAAAGCGACUAAGCCGCGCUGUUUUAAACAUUUAAAUAUUAAAGAACUACCUGUUACAUGGCGAUCGAAUCGAACAAGUUGGAUGACUGCCAGCCUGUUCGAUGACUGGCUCGUUUGUGUGAAUCAAAUCAUGAUCAAGCAAAAACGCAAAAUUUUAUUGUUUAUCGACAAUGCACCCUGCCACAAUCCCGAUAUCGAGUAUUCCAACAUUUCUCUCAAGUUCUUUCCUCCCAAUACAACAUCGAAACUACAACCACUCGACCAGGGCAUUAUUAAGAAUUUCAAGUGUUAUUAUCGUCAAUACCUUGUCAAACAUGUGAUAUCACGCUGCGCCGUCGCCACCUCAUCCGAUGAAAUUAUCAUUACAGCACUUGACGCGAUUCACUGGACGAAACGAGCUUGUCAAGCUGUCACUCAAUCAACAAUUUGUAAUACAUUCCGGACAGCAGGCUUUGUCUGUUCAACAAUCAAAAACGUAGCCAAUACUACAAUAAAUAGUGACUCUGAUUACGACGAAGAAAUUCUUACUAACGAUAUCUUAACAGCCUUAAAAAAUCUAGAUUUACUUCUUGUUCAUCUCAACAUCGGUGGACAAAGUCUCUCAGCCAUUGAGUUCAUUGAAGUGGACGAAGAGACUCCAGCUUUCAACGAGUGGAACGACGUCGACAAUAGCCUGAUCAUCGUCGAUGAACAACACUACAACGACGAUAACAACGACGAAGAUGACGACAUGCCAACUGAAACACCACCCAAGGUGAUCGAGGCCAUAGAAAUGGUCAGGCGAUUGCACCUUUUAGCUGCAACUCAACAACCACAACUACAUUCUCUUAUCUCUCAACUCGAUUCUCAGCUCACUCAGCUCUUCAUUGGCUCGAAAGGAGUCAAACAGACAACAAUCGACGAUUUUUUUCAUAGAAAUUAA